CCAGUCUUGCAGAGGUGUACCGGCUCCUCCCCUCCAGUCUUGCGCAGGUGUCCCGGCUCCUCCCCUCCAGUCUUGCGCAGGUGUCCCGGCUCCUCCCCUCCAGUCUUGCGCAGGUGUAGCGGCUCCUCCCCUUCAGUCUUGCACAGGUGUAGCGGCUCCUCCCCUUCAGUCUUGCACAGGUGUCCCGUACCGGCUCCUCCCCUUCAGACUUGCACAGGUGUACCACCGGCUCCUCCCCCUCCACCUGACUGUUCCCGGCCCCGCCCCUUUCAUUCAAUUUUCAGUUCUUUCAUGGAGGCUCAGAUUCACAUGUGGGCGUUUACUGAUGUAAAUACUGCCCGCCCACUCCUUCAGCCUGACACCCACCCACCAAAGCAUAUU